AUGAAGUUAGAGGUGUUCGCCCCCCGCGCGGCCCACGGGGACAAGCCCGGCAGUGACCUGGAAGGUGCGGGUGGCAGCGACGCGCCGUCCCCGCUGUCGGCAGCCGGCGACGACUCCCUGGGCUCGGACGGGGAUUGCGCGGCCAACAGCCCUGCGGCGGGCGGUGGCGCCGGUGAUCCGGCGAUCGGCAGCGAGCACAGCUCCGACAGGGGCCCGGGUACCCAGGACGAGGGCCCGGCGGAGGCGACGACAGCGGCGGCGGCUGCAGGCAGAGCGGAGGCCGGCUCGACAGGUCGGUGCGCUGGGAGCGUGGCGGGCGGCGAAGGCGCACGCAGCAAGCCGUACACGCGGCGGCCCAAGCCCCCGUACUCCUACAUCGCACUGAUCGCCAUGGCCAUCCGCGACUCGGCGGGCGGACGCCUGACGCUGGCCGAGAUCAACGAGUACCUCAUGGGCAAGUUCCCCUUUUUCCGCGGCAGCUACACCGGCUGGCGCAACUCGGUGCGCCACAACCUCUCGCUCAACGACUGUUUCGUCAAGGUGCUGCGCGACCCCUCGCGGCCCUGGGGCAAGGACAACUACUGGAUGCUCAACCCCAAUAGCGAGUACACCUUCGCCGACGGGGUCUUCCGCCGCCGCCGCAAACGCCUCAGCCACCGGGCUACAGUCCCCGCACCGGGACUGCGACCCGAGGAAGCCACUGCCCGCCCCAACGUCGCGCCCCCUCCACCCGCGCCCCCUACCCCUGCCUCUCCUCGAGCGCGCUCGCCUGCACGCCAGGAAGGGCGCGCCAGCCCCACGGGCAAGUUCUCCAGCUCCUUCGCCAUCGACAGCAUCCUCAGCAAGCCCUUCCGCAGCCGCCGGGACAAGGACGCGGGCCCCGGGGUACAGGGGGUACAGCUGCCGUGGGGCACCUCGCCCUGCGCACCGCUGCCCACGUAUCCCGCACUGCUCCCCGCGGCUCCUGGUGGGGCCCUGUUGCCAAUCUGUGCGUACGGCGCAGGCGAGCCGGCGCUGCUGGGCGCGUGCGGGUCUGAACCGCAGCCCUCAGCGCCACCGCCAGCCCCGCACCUCCUGCUAGCGCCCCUUUCUACCGCCACCCCAGCUAAGCCAUUCCGAGGCCCAGCGGCUGGCGGCGGCGCGCACCUGUACUGCCCCCUGCGGCUGCCCGCGGCUCUGCAGGCGGCCUCGGCCUGCGGCCCUGGCCCGCACCUGCCCUACCCAGUACAGACACUUCUGGCCUAA